CGUCAGUGAGAGGGCAGACAGGGCAGAGAGCAGGACAAAUACUAUUUACCCCAAAAAUCUUUGGGUUACUCUGUCAACAUGAGCCGAAUCACUGCAGCUAUUCGGCGGACGUUUGGACUAGUUCGCGAACACGUCGGGACAGAUCACUUGGGGAACAGAUAUACCUUGAUCCCAGAACAGAAGACAUGGACGGGAAGAGUUGUCCGUGCCAAGCGAAUGGUAGAGGCAGCCAAUGCUACAGAGUAUGAAUAUACAGAAGGCAGCAUACCGAUAGAGUGGGACGCUUGGCUCCGAGGCAGAAGGAAGGAACCCCCCUCCAUCGAGGAGCUGCAGAAGAAUGUGUCGUACAGGGAGCAAAUCAAGCUGAAGGCCAAGGAGGUGGAGGAGAAAGAUCUGGCCCUUCAGGCUAACGAGUAUCAGGAAGGUCUGGUGGCGACUCCUGUAAAGACUUUAGCCAAAGGCCAUGCAGCCACCACCAGCUUUGGCAAGGAGGAGAUGUCUGAGGAACCCACCAGCACUGCAAACACAUUUCAGCCCGGCUCCUGGAUGCCCACUGCCAAGAAAUAGACCAAGACAUUCGUAUACACUGACAAUAGUCUAAUGGAGAAGCCCUGCAAUAAAUAGUACCAAUUUGUCACAAACAUUUAUGGAAAUAUUUUCGAAACAAUCAUCUCACAUUUAAGUCUCAAAUAAUUCUGCAUUGUUUCAGAGUAAAACUAUUUAUUUCAAUGCCUUUUUUAGGUCUACAUUCUACUUUUCUGGUCCCUCAGUAUAUAUUAUACUAUAGUAUACACAAGAUCAUUUUAAUCUCUCACUUUAUAAGUAAUGAAAAUAAUUGAAUGAAGCAGAACGUUGAAAUUGUUCAGGUGUACACUGACUGCAAAUGUUGCAGGGAUGCUAACUGUAAUUCAAUUCAAUUAAACCUCGUAUUGAGCCAAAGCUAAAUGUUGUAAUAGCACCUGAAGAAUGCAUUUCAUUUGGUUGAUUGUUCCUUGUAAAAUACAGGUUUUUGAAAAUUAGAUGUUGUGAAAUCUGGUGAAAAUGUAUAAACUAUUGGGAUGAAGUGCUAAUUCUAAAUUAAAUGUGGUGCAAUUCGACUGCAGUAACAUUUACAAUACAGUGUUACGCAGGUGGCCCCUACUGCCUACGGGUCAUAGGUCAAACUCACAACCAGUUUAGCAACUAAUUGAUCUGCCACAGUAUGAAGUUCCAUCCCCUGAGGUUAGAGUUCAUGUUGGCAGCAGAGUUGCUGAAGAAAGGAGCCCAAAAGGAACAGCAUGAGGACUUGCAAAAUCCAAAAAAAAGAAGCUAUGAACUAGGAUCUUUCAGCCAAGAACAUGUUCUUCCUACACAUGCAAAUGCUCUCAGGAGAUGACAGCACUCUGGAUCCCAGGAUUAAAGAGGUGAAUGAGUAAAAAAUGGGUCAACUAA